CCGUCACUCGUACUGCAUCUCUUCGACGAGCAAGCAGUAAGAAUUCUUACAUUACUUUCGAUCGCGUCCUCAAAGUAAAUCCUUUCGUCGAUCGCUCCUGUCAUAUCGGUUUCCACGCGUUACAUACAUACAUCAUAUACAAGAUCAUAAAAAAAAAAAAGAUAGGGCAAAAGUCUCCUAUUUCAUGAACCGUGACUAGUCUGGAGAAAGUUUCUAUUGAGCAAUAAAGCUGUUGGUCAGCCAUAAUUUCUCACAUAAGCAUUGACUACUUGCGCAAAUGUUGCUAAUACAGCCAAAGGAGGAGAUGUCAAAAUUGAUUAGAGUGCGACUCAAUGAAAAUGUAACGACUCGAGACAAUGAUUUAAAGAUCAUCAAGGAAUGGCUAAUCAAACAACCACAUUUACCUAAUGUAGAUGAUGAUCAAAUGUUGAUGACAUUUCUCCGUGGAUGCAAAUUUUCUUUGGAAAAAUGCAAAAAGAAACUUGACAUGUAUUUCACAAUGCGAGCAAUCGUACCAGAGUUCUUCAGCAAUCGUGACGUCACACAGCCGGAAUUAAAAGAAAUACUCGAUAUAAUAAAUAUUCCACCAAUGUCAGGCUUAACAAAGGAUGGAUGCAGAGUGAUAAUAAUGCGUGGAAAAAGGAAGGAUAUGCUAACACCGAAUGUACCAAAUCUAAUGAAACUCGUUAUGAUGAUAGGAGACAUUCGUCUCAAAGAAGAAAUUCAUGGUGUAGCUGGUGAUAUUUAUAUUUUAGAUGCAAGUGUCGCAACACCGUCACAUUUCGCCAAAUUCACUCCUACGAUCCUGAAAAAAUUUCUUGUUUGUGUUCAAGAGGCUUAUCCCGUGAAAUUGAAGCAAGUACACGUGGUGAACAUCAGUCCGUUAGUCGACACGAUAGUAAACUUCGUUAAACCAUUCCUGAAGGAAAAGAUACGGAAUCGAAUUUUUAUGCACAGUAAACUAGAAACUCUUUACGAGUAUAUACCCAAAGAAAUUUUACCCAUCGAAUAUGGUGGCGAUUCUGGACCUAUUCAAGUAGUACACGACGCCUGGAUAAAGAAAUUAGAAGAAUAUGGUCCGUGGUUCGCUGCACAAUCAUCUGUCGUAGCAAACGAAACGCUUCGACCAGGCAAACCAAGGACUCACGACGAUAUUUUCGGUCUCGAUGGAUCUUUCCGACAAUUGACAAUCGAUUAAAAUCAUCCUAUAUCGGAAUUAAUAAAUGAUCACGCAAGUUAUCAGUAUCAAUAGUUGUUCAAAAAUUUUCGGUUGUAUUCGUUGCUUGAACCAAAUGUAUUAAGCAAUUGUUCUUCGAAUAUUAGUUUUAGUUAGGGUGGAGAAGCAUGUCUUGCAUGUUAUAGUUUAUUUUUCUAUCGAUUGAAUAUUUUUUUUAUUUAUAUUAAUAUAAUAGAUUUUAAGAAGGUUGAACGUACGCCACGAUUUUUGAUUAUUUAAUUAAAAAAGAAAGAGUCACUAAAUGUGCGUUAAUUAUA